CCUGGUUGGGGAGGUGAUAAAAAGCAGCCCAAAGGAAAAGAACUUGGUGAUGCUGUGCUGGUGGAUGAGAAGCUGGACAUGAGCAGACAGUGUGUGCUUGCAGCCUAGAUGGCCAAUUGCUUCCUGGGCUGCAUCAAAGUAAGCCUGGCCAGCAGGCCAAGAGAGGUGAUUCUGCCAGUUUGCUCUGCUAAGAUCACACUUGGAGUGCUGCAUCCAGCUCUGGAGCCCUCAGUACAGGAAGGACAUGGACCUGAGCGAGUGGGUCCAGAGGAGUGCCACAAAAAUGUAAUGCGUAGAAAUCCAUUUGGGAUGGACAUUUGCUGCCGGAAAGGAUCCAGAAGUCCACUCCAAGAACUGUAUAAUCCCACCCAGUUGUCCAACACAGCCAUCCUUCAUCAGAUCAGACGAGACCAAGUGACGGACACGUGCCGAGCAAACAGCGUAUCUAGCAGGAAGCGCCGCGUGCUGACGCCCAACGAUCUCAAACACCUGGUUGUGGAUGAAGAUCACGAAAUGAUCUAUUGCUAUGUUCCCAAAGUGGCCUGCACAAACUGGAAGCGAGUCAUGAUGGUUUUGACGGGAAGAGGCAAGUACAGCGACCCAAUGGAAAUCCCAGCCAACGAAGCCCACGUGUCUUCAAACUUGAAGACCCUCAACCAGUACAGCAUACCAGAGAUCAACCACCGCUUGAAAAACUACAUGAAGUUCCUCUUUGUUCGCGAGCCCUUCGAGAGACUGGUGUCAGCCUACAGGAACAAGUUCACCCAGAAGUACAACACUUCCUUCCACAAGCGAUACGGCACCAAGAUCGUGAGGCGCCAGAGGAAAAACGCAACCCAGGAAGCUCUGCGUAAAGGCGACGACGUGAAAUUCGAGGAGUUCGUGGCGUAUCUCAUCGACCCACACACCCAAAGAGAAGAGCCCUUCAACGAGCACUGGCAGACUGUGUUCUCUCUCUGCCACCCUUGCCACAUCCACUACGACCUCAUAGGAAAAUACGAAACGCUCGAAGAGGAUUCGAAUUACAUCCUCCAGCUGGCGGGAGUAGGCAGUUACCUGAAGUUCCCCACCUAUGCAAAGUCCACCAGAACUACUGAUGAAAUGACCACAGAGUUCUUCCAGAACAUCAGCUCUGAGCACCAAACGCAGCUGUACGAAGUCUACAAACUGGAUUUUUUAAUGUUCAAUUACUCAGUGCCAAGCUACCUGAAAUUGGAAUGAGGGAUGGGUCGGGGGGAGAGAGGGGAGAGAAAGCCUGUUUUAUUUAAGAUUUUUAUUUGUCUUAAUAAAUAUGGAGAAUGGGUUAUUUUGUAAAUUAAUAUUUUCUCUUUUUUCUUUUUUUUUGAAUGAUGCUGCGAGCAGCACAGUCAAGAUUAUUUAAAUCAACUGUAAGAAAGGACAGCUCUCUUCACAGGGUAACAGGAUUGUGACGAUCUAGCUCUUUUGAAAAAUGCUCAUUCUGUUCUGGUGGAGUUCAUUGAUCUUGCAUUCCUCCAAUUCUAAUUAAUGUUAUUUAUACUUAUUUAAAACGUGGUCUCUUGAUAGGUGUCACUUCAGCAGCAGAGGUAAGGUGCUCUUUGGAGAAAAGGAGCCUGGUUUUGUGCUUCCCUCAGCUGUGUGUAUUAAUACUGUUCCAUUAGCCACUGGUGCAGAUAAGUACAGGGAUGGUUCUUGAUACCACACACAUUGACAAGAGUGGUGGGAAUAAUUUAUUCAGAAAGAGACACUGCACUCCAGCAUACUAAAAAAUAAAUCCAUCUUUUCAGCCCUAAGAAGGAAAAUUAAAACCAAUAUUUGUAGAUUCAUAAAAUGUAAGCCCCAUGACUGAAAGAAAUGUGAAUGUCUUCCUCGGAGGGAGAAACCUGAACUUACUGAGUUUAAGCCUGCCAGUUUAAGCCUGAACUUACUGAGUUUAUCAAGAAUGUGACCGGUUCCAUUAUCUCCUAAUUUGAAGCCUGCCAGCCCAAAGUAAGAUUUACAGACAGUCCAUGAGGGAAAAAACAAUGAAGUGUUAAAAGUGACUGUAGAGAUUUUUGAAUGCCCAAACCAGUUGGUAUUGACUUAAUUCAUAUCCAGGAUGGGGCUAGGAUGAGCUCUGUCCUCUGUAAAUGUGUAAAUCUUAAGAUGGACAAGUAAAACAUGCUCUAAAGACACUGGUCAAGAUACAUCACUAGAAAGGAUGUGGGCAUGUCAUUUGAAAAGUCAGGAAGUCAUCUUUGUGUUGAUCUCUGAAGAUGCAAGGCAAUAAAAAUGGUCUCCUCUUCCUACAUGCUGGUUUCAUGGCUUUUUCCUAGAGGCAAGAGGGAGCCUUCUUGUUUUUUUUUCAUUUGAUGCCUAAAUACCAUUGACAGGAAUGCUUCUAAUUUCCAGGGGGUUCAUAUUUCAUCUCAGUCAGCUCUGGUGUGUGACUAUGACCUUUUUACUUGAGGUAAAUGUCUCAGUAGUGGUUUUCUGUUUAACAGCUUGUUGAGGUACCAGCGUGUACCAGGCAUAGCACACCGAGCAAUUGUUUUGGGCAAGCAAGUAAUAAUUUAUUCAUGGCAAAUAAAUAAUGAAACAUGAGAUUUCAGUGUGGAUCUGUUAGCAAGCUCAGGGGACACAAGUGCAGGCUUCUCCAAAUAUUUGCUUUAGGUUGGUGCAGGUGAGCUGCACAGCCAAGCAGAUGACAGGUGCCUGCCUGGUGAAUACUUCGUGGCCACCCAAAGCUGUCCUGUCCUUGGAGCAACAGUGCUGGCAGGUAGCUGAUGGGCAAAAGGAGACAGAGGCUUGAAUUGAGGCACAUGUGGGAACUUAAAGUCUGUUUUAAAGUUAAUUGAUGGUUAAAAUAAUGUUUUAACUUGCCUGCAUGUCAGUCUUACGAUCAGACCAAACCUUUCCACAAAUUAGUGGGUUUAAAUAAACUCAGCUGAAGGCAGAGCUGUUUUAACCCUAUCAGAGCCAGAUCCUGGAAAGUGUGGUACUGUGCAGUAGUCAGCAACAUCCACUGAAUUACCUUAGCCUGCAGCACACGUGUGGUUGUAAGAAGAAAAAUCAGUUCCAUCUUAUUUUACAAAAAUAAGUAGUAAGUCACUGAGUAGAUCUCAGUGAAGAACAAAUUAACGAAGCAAACAGCAGCAGAAGUCCUUUCCCAAUUUUAUUUGGUCUUAGCCAGGAUUCAGGUCUUUUUUUUUUUUUAAUCAUACCCUUCAAAUAAGUGUCUCAUCCAUGCUGGAAUGACCACAGUUUUCACGUCUAGCUCCUGACCCAGCAGCUAGUGAAGAAGUGCUGGCUGCCUGCACCUGACAGCUCUGGAUUCCUGCAUGGUUGCUGACCUCUGUUUUACUCAGAAGCAGUUUUGUCUCAUUUAGAGUGUGCAGAGCUGUUGCAAGUGCCUCUCGCAGUGUGCCCUGGCUUGCUUUUGUUUGUAGUUCAGUGGUGAUGCUUUUGUUUAAAAAAAUAAAUACCUGUCUGAGGGUAGAUUCCUCCUCUUCUUCACAGGGUCACAGGAUGUUAGGGGCUGGAAGGGACCCAAGGAGAUCAUUGAGUCCAACCCCCCUGCCAGAGCAGGACAAUACUAUCUAACACAGAUCACAGAGGAACACAUCCAGAUAGGCCUUGAAAGUCUCCUGGGAAGAAGACCCCACAACCUCUCUGGGGAGCCUGUUCCAGUGCUCUGUGACCCUUACAGUAAAGAAGCUCCCCCUUGUGUUGAGGCAGAACCUCUUUUGCUGCAAUUUACACCCAUUGCUCCUUGUCCUAUCACAGGGAGCAAGUGAGCAGAGCCUGUCCCCUGCUCCUGGCCAGCCUUCAGAUACUUAUAAACAUUUAUCAAAUCCCCUCUCAGUCUUCUUUUCUCCAGACUAUACAGCCCCAGGUCUCUCAGCCUCUCCUCAUAAGCCAUGCCCUCCUGUCCCCUCAUCAUCCUCGUAGUCCUCUCCCCUCCUCCCCACUCCCCUUAAUAUUUCCCACAAAUUAUUUGUGUGCUUGUUUGGUCUUGUAGCUGACAAUGCUCUUUUUUUUGGUCCAGUUUUCUCUUCACGUAGUUGUUAAUUCCUCCAACAGGAUGUGAUGUGAUUUUUUUUUUUUCAUUUAAGAAAAAAAUGCUUCAGAAAGUAUGUUUAAAAUGGGAGGUGCUUCCCCUUUCCUUUUGGGGCUUUAAUCUGUUCUGAAAUACCCUCCUUUGUUUCACUGUUUUGAAGACACAGCCUACCCCCCCCCUAUUUUAUAGCUGAAAAACAUGUUCUUGAGAUUGGAGAGGUGAGCACUGCUCCAGCUGGGAAUUGUAGCAGCAGCUUUUGGGUUUGAUCAGCCAGAUUCUGUCUCCCUGCAGAGGGCUGCCCUGUGGGCAGAUGCUCAGUACUGAGAUGGCUUUCAUGUGGACUGAAAUGAGUAUUUAAAAGUCACUUGGUUUUUAAAAACCUUAAUCCUAAAUGACUACAGACUGCUUAUUUAAGUGUGUUCUGUCUAUUUUGGGGUGCUGUGAGUGGGUUUUGCAGCUGUGUUUAAAAAUGAACAGCUGACAUGCUGGAGGAUUGUGUGUCCUGUGCGGUGAGCACAAAGUCCUCACCAGGUCAAAGAGUUUCCUCCAGCUGAAGAAGAGGAGAGGCAGGUCUUUUCCUGAGCUCCUGGAUUAAUUUCUGCUGUGGCCACAGUUGAGCCUGGGAGUCCAACAACGCAAAGUGCAGCCAUAGCAAAAUGCAAAAUGCAGUUGUGCUCAGGGGACCACAAGGGCCACCUGAGGAGAUUCUCCUUAGCAGGCUAUAUGGUCAAGCUGCGGUGAGUGCAGAGAGGACCCAGCAGGGCAGGUCCUGUUCCCCACUUGUCACCAGUCCUCUGCUGCUGAGUUUGAGGAAUGGUGUUCUUCAUUACUGAGUAGCUGGUGCCUCCUUGCCUCUGGCAGGGCCAGCACCGAGCCAAGCAGCAUGCAGACACAAUACUCACAGCUGAGUGUCCAUUCCCCUCCGAUGGCACCAAGCUCUGUAAGCUGGAGCCCAGGCUGGAUUUGGUCAGUCAGCAUACAGUGAUGAUUCCUGGGUGGUGGGAGGCCCCUCCCAAACUUGACUCCAUCAACGCUUCAGCCUCUUCCUAAACCAUGCCCAUUACCAGAGAACCGUGCAAGCUGCCCGCACCAUGCGCUGUGCGAGACAAGAAAUAACCCACAAGCAGAAGUGCUUUUAGAGAUAAUUUGACCCCAGACGUUUUAGGGUUUCACUGUAGUCUGCUGCACUUUUCAGGUACAAAAAGGGACUGUCCUUACUAUUACUCUUGUUACAGAGAGUGUUAUUUUCUUACAUGCAUGCACAAUAAAAUGUGUACGAAUAAUUUAACAUCGAUGUGGGGGUGGAUUUUUUUUUUUAACCUAUUUGUAUGCAGUAGAAGGCUUGUUGUAGAAAAGUAUCUCCUCAUACCUAAAUAUACUGUUAAUAAAGGAAAAAAAGCUAAAUUACACAUUGCCAACACAAGUGUGAACUGCUCAUGGAUCUUUCCUUAGAAACAAAAAAAGCCAUUCAAGCCUGAUUAUUUUUCUAAGUAACUUCAAUUAAAUUGAAGAAAGAAA